ACUUCAAGCUCACCAUCAAGUCAAACUUCUUCAAGUCGAAUAUCUUCUUCCCUUUUACGUCAAACCUUUCAUACAUUCACUCCUUGUCGCCGGGCGACCUUUUUUCUUCAAUCUACUCUUACAUCAAUCAAACACUGCUACUGCUCAACGCAAACUCACCUACUACUACCUCUACUAAAACACCCCGAAACGUUCAAGUUUAAUUAUCUAAACUCUAUUUUUUCAAAAUGCAGUUCUCCGCCAUCAUCGCCACCGUCUUUAUGGCCGCUUUCGCCAUUGCCGCGCCUAUCGCCAGUGACGAAGUCACCCCUCGUCAGAACCACGGAAUGUGCGUCUCCGGCACCACCGCAGGCGUCACCCAGAUCCCAGACUGCUAGACAAUAAGCUGCUAAGCAUUUGUACCCCUGAAGUAGAGGCGUACGUUAAACAAACGAAUCGGAGAGAGGGAGAAACGGAGUAUGGGACGGAUGCAGUGUGUGGGAGUGGAGAAGAGUAGAAAGGAGGAAUGAUGGGAACCACGUACUUGGCUGGGCCUGAAGAAAUCAUACAUCAACCAGCUGAGUGACGUCUCAUGGGGCGUUUCGAAAUUUCUCACUGCACACGUUGGAGUAUUUCAACGCCUUUUAAUGGAAAGAUAUCUCACUUGA